AUGGACGGUGAUUCCCAUCCUUCGGGUGGCUCGGGCUCAGGCUCUGGCUCGGCGCCAGCCGCAAUGGCGCCUCCAGACGGUCCGCCACCACCGCAUCCCUCGGCGUCCGACACUCCCAUGAGCGCGCCCACACCCCUGCAGGCCCCGUCGGCAACCUCGAGCGCUGCGGCUUCUCGCAAGAGCAGCCUCCGCUCCAACGCGCCACCGUCGUCCUCAGCAUCAACGACUCGAAUCCGCAAGGGUCUUCUGUCCAGAGCAGGAAGCGAGGCGGAGGACAGGUCCUCACGGGGGGCAUCGGCGGCUCACAAUCAACUCACCACCGACGAUGACGAUGACGAGCUCAUGAUCAGCGACUCGGGCCCCAUGCCUCGUCGCUUUGCCUCCCAGAAUCGCGGUCCCAUGCAGACCGCCAACAGCUCUCGCCAGUCGUCCCAGUCGUCUUUGCCCCUCUCUUCGUGGGGCUCUACAGCUCUUGCAUCCAGUUCGCAGAGAAGUGCCGCCGCUGCACCACCACAUUCGCCUUCGCAUCCCAGCUCCUCCUCAAGCAGCAUCGCUUCGGGCAACCGCAGUGGGAGCGGCGAGGCCAGCGAGGGCGCUUCGAGCGCAGGCGGCGUCAGCCUCGGUCGAGCCAUGUCCGUCAGCUCCGUCAGCUCCGUCAACAGCACAAGCAGCCUCGAGGCUGUGCCCUUCCGCCAGGCUCCCCUCGGCAAUGUCCGCCUCGGAUUCGGUGGCGCAGGUGCUAGCUUCCGCAACGCUGGUCGGCGCAACAAUCCGUACGGGCCUCUCGCCAUGGCCACACAGCCUCACUCGAGCCAGCAAGAUUUCGCCCAAGCUCCACAAAGCCAUCACAACGACAUCUCCGCUGCUAGCAUCGACCUAAUGGCUCCUCCGAUGUCCGACUCGACUCCUUUAGCGCCUGCGGAUGCGACAGCAGCUCCUAGAGCUUCCACGUCUGACCGACAUAGGGGCGUUCCCAAACCAGCCUCCGACGCCUGGAUGUAUCGUGUCGGGCCCGGUAUGCGCACCAACAAGCCCAAGGCGCCUUCAGUAGCCCCUGAAGAGCCGUCGGAUCCCUCGUCCGAAGAUCUUCAGUCGUCUUCGUCUGCCGCCAAGCGCUCUCGAGACGUGCUGCGCCAAAAGUUUGGCAAAGGAGCUGGCCGACUAGGAAUCAAGGCCAACAUCGUCACUGGCCUGGGCCCAGCGGCCUCUGACCUAUCCACAGCAUUCAAUCCGCUCGAUAGCUCCGAGGACGAGCUCAACUUGGUCCCGCCCAUGCGCACGCCCCUGCCGCGCAGCUCGAGCUACUUCACAAGUGCGCCUCACACCGCUGGCUCGACCACCGGUACUCCGCUCCACCCAGCUCUCACGCCCGUUCCAGCGGAUUUUCGAACCAGCUCAGUCACGCAUGCGCCACUCUUCGUUCCUAAGCUUCUGGAAGACUCAUAUGCUGCCCAGGAGCCGGGGUUGACAGCCACUCCAGAUGUGGACGAGAUUCGCCCCCACACGAACUUCGAUGGCGGCGCAGAUACAACUGCCAAUCCUUUCCUGACAGUAGAAGCAAGUGGCACCGAUGCGGCUCGGAACGCUCGACGCAGGUCUUCGGCGACAAACAAGCCUGUCUUGGUACGUGCCGAGAGCAGCAGCGAGGCUUUCGUUCGCGUCGCCUCACCAGGCUUAGGCAUCCAAGAUCCCAGCGUCGUCGACGCAUCGCCUGCCAGGCCUGCCCUAUACACCCUCUCCUCUGCAAACGCGAGAGCGAAAAAUACACCUGCGGCCGACUUGAUUCAAGCAUCGAACAGCUCUGCCUCAUCUCCACAGCCUCCCACGCCUGCCGAAGUCGUCCGUAUGGAAGCACAAGCCGGGAUCGCUUCGCUGCCCGACUCUCCGAGCGAGCCUUCCCCGGUCCCCGCCAGCUACUCGCCAGCUGCUGCGGAUGAGGCCGUGCUGAUUAGAAGGACGCGCGACUUUCCGUCUCAGCCGAAGCUCCGGCGUCCCAGCAGUGGCGCGGGUAGCGAGGCGUCGCUCGGUGUAGGCUCAAGCGCUGGCACUUCACGCAGGCCCGACUCGGCUCAACGACAACGCCUGUGGUCGAACUCAAAUCGACCCGCCAUUCUGCGGGCUCGCACGAGCGAAAGCUCAAUCAGCCGAAGAAGUCACAGCCUCGACCGCAACAGAUCCUCUCCCGCCCCUCAAAGCCCCGUCGAAGGGCCGCUCUCGGAUGCCUACUACGCCCGAUCGGGAACGCACUCGAAGAGCAGCUCGUGCAGCACUGCUCAGGGCAACGACUCCGCAAAUCGCGCGCCACCGCAUGUCUCUGUCAUCCUGGAGGACGACGACAGCGUCAACGGUGACCAGCUGGAGCGCUCGACCGUCCAUGGCGCGGGGAAAGUGUCGCCAGCUUCCCCCGCGCCUUCUGGGCUGGAUGGUGAUUAUCAGAUGGCCCUGUCUCCGCCAAGCGCGGGAAUGCUGCCUCUCGCCGUGCGUCCGAAUCCCCAUUCGCGGUCAGCCUCGCCGGCGUCACAGCUGGCACGCUCGCCCGAGACGAUCCGAGUUGGACCAUCACGCAUCUCAGACUCGCUCUACGGCAGGAGUCCGGCUUCGAUCUCGCUUCUGCGCAGCCCGCGUCUGCAAUCGUCAUCGGCCUCAAUCGGCUCGGACCGUCCCAGCACGCCGUCGCAGUCUCGCACGACAUCAACAAGGGGUCCCAACGAUUUUCACUUUGGCGAAACGCUCGGAGAGGGGUCCUACUCUACAGUGCUCGAGGCAUGGGAUCUGCUGUCCGGGCCUUCGCCGAAGGAUCCCUCGGUGGUCGACCCGAACGCCACUUCGGCUGCAGCUGCCAUGGUCGGUAGUGAGUCGGCGCGGAAGCGUCGCCGCAGGAUCGACUUGACCGGCCGCAAGUCGUAUGCUGUAAAAGUGGUCGACAAGGUUCACAUCCUCAAGCAGGGCAAGCAGAAAUACGUUGCCAUCGAAAAGGAGGCGCUCAGUCGAAUGAUCCAAUGCCCAGGAGUCGUGACGCUUUACUGGACCUUCCAGGAUCGCGAGAGUCUGUACUUCGUCCUCGAAUUGGCAAGCAACGGCGAGCUGCUCAACUUCAUCCGCAAGCACGGAAGCUUUGACGCGGCAUCAGCUCGAUAUUAUGCGGCUCAAUUGGCCGACACGAUCGACGCCAUGCAUCGCGCAGGAGUGGUUCACCGCGACGUCAAGCCGGAGAACAUCCUGCUCGAUGCCGCUCAUCGCAUCAAGAUCACCGAUUUCGGCAGCGCCAAGAUUGUGCAUGCCAUCGGCGAGACGGAUGUCCCGACCGCAAAAGCCUCGGCCGCUCCAACCCCACCUCCGCCCCAGCAGACCCGGGCUGCGAGCUUUGUGGGCACGGCUGAAUACGUCUCUCCGGAAUUGCUCGUCGAGAAAGCGCAACCAGCUGGCAAACCCGCCGACUGGUGGGCAUUUGGAUGCGUCCUCUUCCAAAUGCUGGCCGGACGGCCACCGUUCAAAGGCGUCAACGAGUACCAGACGCUCCAGAAGGUGAAGAAUCGGGAAUUCACGUUCCCUCAAGGUUUCCCAGAUGACGCGGAGGAGCUCAUCAACCGCCUGCUCGUGCUCGAUCCAGCAGAGAGACCUUCGGCUGCCGAGAUCAAGACGCAUCGCUUCUUCUCCGGCGUCGACUUUGACGCUCUCUGGCGCGUGGAGGCCCCGGAGAUCAAGACGGGUCUCGUUCAGCCCGUGCCCAUGCCGCCACGUCGGGAGGUUGGCAACACGAGCGAUUUCAGCUUUGACGAGGGCUUUAUCAGCUCGUCCGAUUCGCAGGCUUACAAUGGCGACACCCAGAGCAUCGACAAUCAGCCGCAUGGGGGCGCCGGAGAGAGCUCGCUGAGUCUCGACGCGACGUCUCGGAGCGGAGCGGACGACGCCGAUGACUCGGACAUGUCCGACGCCAGCUCCAAUGUGCGCGAUCCGAGGGGCGAGCAACGCCUGCCACGACGACAAAGUGGCCUGCAACGACUGGCAGACGGAUUCCAGAGCCGCUUCAUUUCGAAUCCUGGCGGCAGUGGCACUUCUCCGCUGCCGCAAGGGACCAACACUGCACCGAGGCGCAAGAUGGCGUCGAUGUCGAUUGAUGUAGGCCAGCCCUCCGAAAACGGCAAUGGAGGUGCGAACUACACCGCUGCUAGAGGCUCAAGGCCUUUCGCACGCUCUGUCCAAGGUACGGGUGGUCUGAGCCACAGUCCGAGCCCUACCGUGCGAGAGCAGCAGUCUCAAGGAGGUGGAGAUGCUGGCCUUGCGUCGGCAGUGGGACUGCAACAGAGCUGGACAGCUCUGUUACUGCCCAAGGAGCUCAUGCUGUACAGCACGCCCGUGGCGCAGAAGAAGACGGGCGCCGGCAAGAUGUUCACGAAGCGCCGCCAGCUGGUGCUCACCGACUUUCCAAGGCUGCUGUGCGUCAAAGAGACUGCGACGGCUCUGAAGGUCAAAAGCGAGGUCAUCCUCGCACUUCCCUCCAAGGCGGGCGGCAGCGAUGCGGGCGCCUCUCUGGACUCAGCUGGCAGCUCCUCGCUUACGGCGUCGCAUGGCGGCGUUGCGUUUGAGAGGAGCUCGGAUCGGAGAGCAUCGGUGCGCCUGGACCCUGAAGGCGGCGAGGAGGACGAGGGUGCAGUGGCACUAGCGCAGGAACGACCCUUGCAGCAAGCCAUACCCAACUUGCUCACUGGACUCGACUUCAAGGGCGGCAAAUCUUUCACCAUCCGCGUCAACAACGGGCGAACUUUCCUGUACGAGACGCUGUCUGGAGACGCCUCUGCGCUGGUGCGCUACAUUCAGGAAGCCAGGAAGCCUUCGGCGUGA